AUGAAGGAAAUUGCUGCAAAUCCUCUGAAUCUCAAGUCUAUGAAUCACUUCUCACUUCUGUGCCAAUCAGUGGAAGAUUCAGUGGCUUUCUACACCAAAAUUCUCGGAUUUGUUCCGAUUCAGAGGCCUGGAUAUCUUGACUUUGAUGGUGCUUGGCUUUUUAGCUUUGGAAUUGGGUUGCAUUUGCUUCAAUCUGAAGACCCACAUAUGAUUUCCAAGAAAACUGAAAUCAAUCCUAAGGAUAACCACAUUUCCUUUCAGUGCGAGAACAUGGGAACUGUAGAGAAGAAGUUAAAAGAAAUGGGAAUCGAGUACAAGAGACAAAGGGUCGAAGAAGGCGGAAUUUACGUUGAUCAGUUAUUUUUUCAUGAUCCAGAUGGGUUCAUGAUCGAGAUCUGCAACUGUGAUAUCCUUCCGGUAAUACCCAUCGCCGGAGAGAUGGUUCGGCCAUGCUCCGGGAUUCGGGCUCCGGCAACGACAACAAAUACGAAAAUUUGUUCACUUGUGAAUAGAUUGGAUAAUAAAGAUUUAGAGUUGUCAAAGGGUCGUUGAUUCCAUGGUAUCUGGGUUGCGUUAGAGCCCAGCUUUUUAAGAGG